UGCAAAGGCCGGCAGCUUCCACGCAACACAGAACCAGCAACUUUUGUUUUCACCGACAUGUAGUUUCAACAGUCGUAAACUUUCUCAAUCUUUUUCGUACAGUUCCGUGGUCGGCCUCAAUUUACCAUGUGGUAUUUCACUUAAAUUAAUCAGUGCUCCAAGACGAGUGUUCAGCAUAAUAUGCGUCCUGAGUGGCCAUAACAGCUCGGGGGGCCCUACUGCGUUAACCCCUACCUCUAGCCACAAGGCCGAACCUACCCUGACAUCACGAACCAUAUAAAAUUCACGUAAAUCUAAACGGAGGUAGUGGGGACGGCGUCAAAGUGGACAACUAGAAGUCUGCUUGUAUUGUAUUGGUGCAUACUGAAGCAGUUCAUCUCCUGAAUUUCCUAAACAAUAUCAACACACCAUGUCUUCGAGAAGGACUACCAAGAAUAGUAAGAGCCAAAGAGUUGUUUGGGAAGAUACAGUGUUGAAACGACGUUCAGAUCAGACUAAAAAUGGUAAGAAAACUCAAGACAUUGGUACUCAAUAUGAAGAACCAAUUUGUACCUCCACUAACGAUAAAACACUUACACCCAUAGCCAAAAAUGAUGUACCGUCUUGCCAGCCAAACAAUAGUGAUGUGAAUGCAUGUAGUAAACUUAGCACCAUACAAAUGAUCAAACAUUCUGCUAAAACUGAAUCUGUCGAAGAAUCUACAGAUAUUAAUGCUCCAGAACCACAUGAUUUAGAUGCAAGUACUUACAUUAGCAGCCAUAUUUAUAAUUUGGGCAGCAGUUAUGAAAGUGAGCUGACGUUUACAGAUGAUGAUAGUUCAGAAGAGAACUAUGAUAAUAAUGAUCAAGAGGACAGUGAUAAUAGUCAUGACGACCAUGGGGAAGAUGGUGAUGAUGAGGAUGAUGAAGAGGAAGAGGACUAUUACGUAGAGGAGGAGGAGGAUGACGUAGAAGAAGAGGAUGAUGAGGAAGAUGAAGAAGAAGAGGAUGCAUUAUGGGAUCAAUAUUUCAACGAUCUGGAGAAUUUGGAGAACAUGGAGGGUUACAACAACUGGGAAGAGGGUCAUGACUUGGAAGAGGGUCAUGACUUGGAAGAGGGUCAUGCCGUGGAAGAGGGUCAUGACUUGGAAGAGGGUCAUGACUUGGAAGAGGGUCAUGACUUGGAAGAGGGUCAUGACUUGGAAGAGGUUCAUGACUUGGAAGAGGGUCAUGACUUGGAAGAGGGUCAUGACUUGGAAGAGGGUCAUGACUUGGAAGAGGGUCAUGCCGUGGAAGAGGGUCAUGACUUGGAAGAGGGUCAUGACUUGGAAGAGGGUAUUGCUUCGGAAAAGGGCUAUUACUGGUUACAGGGUUCUGACUCAGAUGAGGAUACUGACUGGGUUUAUCACUGGGAUGAGAAUAACAAUGACAAUGACCAGGAUAGGGAGACGAGAGUGGAGAAGGAGAGAGGGCCGGAGGGCGAUGGGGAGGUGGAAAAUUUGAAUGAGGCUGGAAUGAAAGAAUAUGAGGAGAGGGAGGGGGACGAGAAGGGGGAGAAGGAUGAUAAAGAGGAUGAGAGUGGGCAAGUGAAUGAGGAGGAGUGCGAGGAGAUGGUCGAGGAGGGGAUGGAGGAGGGCAAGGAGGGGGAGGAGGAUGAUAAAGAGGGGGAUGGAGGGGGAGGAGGAUGA